CAAAUGGAUCAUGAGGAGGAAGAAGAGAUCGAGAUCCCUAAUUACUUUAUCUGCCCAAUCUCACUUGAGAUCAUGAAAGAUCCAGUCACGACCGUUUCUGGCAUCACCUACGAUCGCCAAUGCAUCGUUAAAUGGCUCGAAAAGGUCCCCUCUUGUCCCGUCACGAAGCAACCACUUCCCUUAGACUCCGAUCUUACUCCUAACCACAUGCUUCGCCGUCUCAUCCAGCACUGGUGUGUAGAGAACGAGACUCGCGGCGUUGUCAGAAUAUCAACACCUCGAGCUCCUCCCGGGAAACUUAAUGUUGUCGAGGAGAUCAAGAAACUCAAAAAGCUCGGCCUAGAAGCGUUACGAAGAGAAGAUACGUUGCAGAAGCUUGAAGUUUUGGCAAUGGAGGGAAAUAACAGGAGAUUUAUGUGUGAAGCUGGCGUACAUAAGUCUUUGAUCUUGUUAGUAGUCAAGUGCACUAGCGAAGAAGAAGAGGGACGACGUGGUAUCAAAGAGCUAGAUGAGUCUCUUCGUCUUCUUCACUUGAUCGGUGUUCCAUCAAAUGACGCAAAAACAAUCUUGAUGGAAAACGAUCGAAUCAUGGAAUCGUUGACUUGGGUUUUACACCAACAAGACUUCUUCAAUAAGGCGUACACGGUUUUGCUAUUGAGGAAUCUAACGGAAUACACUUCCUCUCAUAUAGUGGAGAGAUUGAAUCCCGAGGUUUUCAAAGGGAUCAUAAGGUUUCUCAAGGAUGUAGUAAAGAGUCCUAAUCUGACGAGCCCUAGCGUGAGUGAUACGGUACAAUCUUCAAGACCUAGCUUGGGAAAAACGGAACCAUCAAAACAUGAUCAUAGUUUGGUCAUCAAACAAGCGGUGACCUCCGCGCUGAUGAUUCUUUUAGAGACUUCUUCGUGGAGCCGAAACCGAUCGAUCCUAGUUGAUCUCGGUGCGAUUUCUGAACUCAUCGAGCUCGAAAUGAGCUACACAGGAGAGAAGAGAAUGACAGAACUUAUGUUAGGAGUUUUGUCUCGUUUAUGUUGUUGCGCCAAUGGUAGAGCCGAUUUUCUUGCUCAUAGGGGCGGAAUCGCGGUUGUCACAAAGCGGUUACUGAGAGUUUCACCUGCAGCAGACGAUAGAGCUCUAUCUAUCCUAAGCACUGUCUCAAAAUUCUCGCCAGAAAACAUGCUUGUGGAAGAGUUGGUAAACGUGGGGACAGUGGAGAAGCUCUGUACCGUUCUAAGAGUUGAUUGUGGUCUGAAUUUGAAGGAGAAAGCUAAAGAGAUACUUAAAGAUCAUUUUGAUGAAUGGAAGAAGUUUCCUUGUAUUGAUAUGACUCUACUUACUAAGCUUCUAAGUUCCUCACCCAAAGAUCAACUCAACGAGUUUUACUCACGAGUUGGUGUUUAGAUUUCCUCUGUGUACUCGGAUAGAGAAUAUUUAUAAUCUGCCGGACACAACACAUACUUUUUAGUUACUCACCAUAUUCAAGUGUGCUGCAUUCAAUCAAAUUCUACAUCGACCUAUUAGAUCACAAUGAGUCAAUGAUGAUGCAUAAAGUUUAAGUGAUACAGAGAUCCUUGAUUAAGCAAAUGUAAUUUCUUAAGUGUAACCAAAACCACUCUAAAACUUCUGUUUCACAGAUUGUAUAGACAGACAUAACCAUCGAGUAUUCUAAUUGAAAUACACAAACCAAAUAAUAGCUUUUUAAACUCCAAAACCAAAA